CUUCGUGGUAUCCACUUUGCAUCGGACCCACACCCCACCUAGUUUGGUCAAUCCUGGGGUUCCCGGUCAGAACACAAUAUAAAGCGGUGGGGUGCUACAUAAAAUGGAGGCACUGCUGGGAUAAAUGCUAAUAUUAGUCUACCCUUGUUACUGGCUCAGACAACUCUUUAAGUAGAGAUAAUCUGAAAUGAAAAUAAGCUAUACGUAAACUCGGAGGAAACCAGUAAGCAGACUCUGUGUAAUAGAAGGGAAAUUGGUACACCAGAGGGAUGGCACAGUUACGGCAUUGGUGUAAAGGAGAGGGCAUUAACCCUACCCAUGCCAUUCUGCUCAAAGAUGUUCCUGAAGACACUGAGAUUGAACGCAUAGAAGGAACUCUGCAAUCCAUUAAAGUUCUUCGACGUGUUAAAGUCAGAGGACGCAUGUACGAUCCUCAGAGUCAAUGUUUGACUGUACUGUGUGAAUGCAGAGAGAAAGUAAAUCCCAAAGCUAUUCCCUUAGACAUCCUGCCAGAAGGUAGUAAUGCACCAUGGAGAAUUGUUGGAUAUUCAGAGGAGGAGGAAGGGUCAGCUGACCAAGUGCUCGCAGAGGACUUGCAGUUGCCACCAACAGAGUUAGGCCCUGUUCCACCACUUCAGGCCUCUUCUCCGGAAGCUAUCAUCAGAGCUGUGGGAGACCUUCUGCAAAGCACAGCCAAGCCGGUAAGUGAUAACAGCAACUACAGGAGGCUACGAACCUUCUCAGGGAUUGUCCCUACUCCCCCAGGAGAGGAGCCAUUGGAGAACUGGAUAUUGCAAGCUCGUUUGAUGAUAGAGGAAUAUGAUCGGCCUGACAAAGAAAAGAAAAUGAGAAUAAUGGAAAGUGUAAAAGGUCCUGCUUUGGAGAUAUUGCAGGCCGUCCGCUUUAAUAACCCAGAGGCCACACCCCAAGGGUACGUGGAUGUGAUUGAGAACACAUUUGACACACCAGAGACAGGAGAAGAACUGUACUUCUCAUUCAGAAUGCUAUGCCAGCAUCCCGGUGAAAAACUUUCUGAGUUUCUGCGAAGGAUGGAAAGAUCCCUGAACAAAGUAGUGAAAAAAGGAGGUCUGUCCCCGACUUCCAUAGACAAAGCCCGCCUUGAUCAACUCAUUAAAGGAGCCACAAGGUCUGACAUGAUGUUAUUAAGUUUGCGUUUGAGGGAGCGAAGAGAUAAUCCACCUACUUUCUUGCAGCUGCUGAAUGAGGUGCGCAUUGAAGAAGAGUAUGAAGCCUCCCGCCGUAGACUUAACCCCACAAAAGCUGUGCAUGUCAAAAGUGCUACUGUACCCACAGGGGCAUAUGUCCAGGAUCUUAGAGCUGAGCUCCAAGACCUCAAAACCCAAGUCAGUGGGCUCACGGCUGCGUCAGGGGCUCCAUGUGUCCUUUCCCUUGAGUUUCCACCCACGGAUGAGGCAGAGCCCGUAGUGUCACCGCUCCGUAACCAGACUUCUCCCGUGCGCAUGCAUCAGAGAGCUACGGCACUCAGAGAUCCCAGUGACUUUUUCUGUUAUCGCUGUGGCGAAGAUGGGCACAUUUCCACCAAAUGUAAAUCCCCAGAGAACUACCCAAAAGUGAUACAGAAACUCCUUCAUGCCCAACGGAAACUGAAAGCAAGCCAGAAAGCUCCUGGUAGUGCAAAAGAACAAACUACCACAAAUGUAGGGGUCAACCGGAGCGCUGUGAGUGUACACACAGCUGGUGUCCCAGAAGGACUCGUAGGGCCACCCUCCACUGCCUGUGUGAAGGUGGAUGGCAUAACCUGCACUGCCCUAUUAGACAGCGGGUCUCAGGUAACGAUAGUUUUCGACAGUUGGUAUUCAAGGUACUUGCCUCAUGUGCCUCUCCAACCUGUCACUGGUUUAGAUAUUUGGGGCCUAAGUGAGUCAGAGACCAGCUACCCCUACCGAGGCUACAUCCAAAUUGAGUUGGAGUUGCCUGGAAAGACCCAAGGGAACGUGAAGGCUGUCCCAGUUCUUGCUUUAGUGUGCCCAGAUCCUCGUUGCUCAGAUACCAUACCUGUUCUAGUUGGCACCAAUGUUCACAAAAUUAGACCUCUGUCUUCAAGUCAGAAAGAGGGGAGCCCAAAAACUGUUCGCACCAGCAAGGUGAGCGUUUCGCAGUCUCAGCCCUUACCUACCAUUAAGUCCGAGUUGCCUACAGAUGAUGACUUUCCUGUAGCCGAAGUAAAGUGGACGGGUCCUGGACCACUGGUUAUUCCGGCUGGGAAAAACCAUAUAGCCAUCUGUAAAGUCAAAGAAACACACACGAUCGGAGACAGUAUCCUGAUCACAGAACGUGCACCUUCACAUGCUCUUCCCCCAAGUGUGUUAGUGCAGCCAACGGUGUUGUUCUCCAAGACCCUUGACAAAGACAAGUUCUUGGUUCUUAUGCGCAAUGAGUCCCUCAAAGCCACUGCCAUUCCAAUGGGUACUGUGGUUGCACACUUGCAUGUGGUGGAUAUAGUGACUGACAUCCCUGGCACACACACAAGAGCUUCAUCUCAGCUGGACCCAUCACUGUUCGACUUUGGGGAUUCCCCUAUACCAGCUGAAUGGAAAGAGAGGCUGAAACAGAAACUUGCAGAGAGAAGUAAUGUGUUUUCAACCGACGAGUGGGACGUUGGAUUGGCUAAAGGAGUGCACCAUCAUAUACGACUAAAUGACGACACCCCCUUCAGAGAACGGUCUCGCCGUGUGGCCCCUGCUGAUCUGGAUGAUUUGCGCCGUCACCUUCAAGGACUACUGGCUGCAGGAGUAAUAAAGGAAUCAAGGAGUUCCUAUGCUUCACCCAUCGUAUUGGCACGAAAGAAAACGGGGAAGUUGCGGAUGUGCGUGGACUAUCGAACACUGAACCGCAGAACUAUUCCUGAUCAGUACACCAUUCCUCGAAUUGACGAGGCCUUGGACUGUUUGUCUGGAAGCAGAUGGUUUUCAGUCCUGGAUCUGCGCAGCGGGUAUUAUCAAAUCCCAAUGGCAGAAGACGACAAGGAAAAAACCGCUUUCAUAUGCCCUUUGGGAUUUUACCAAUUCGAAAGGAUGCCCCAAGGGAUAACAGGAGCCCCAGCAACCUUCCAGAGAGUAAUGGAAAAAGCGGUUGGGGACAUGCACAUGCUUGAGGUCAUAGUGUAUUUGGAUGAUUUAAUAGUGUUUGGAAAAACCUUGGAAGAACAUGAACAAAGACUGUUCAAGGUCCUUGACAGACUGGAAGAGACUGGACUGAAGUUGGCAAUAGACAAAUGUCAGUUCUGCAGACCUCAAGUGACAUAUGUAGGACACAUAGUGUCUGAAAAUGGUAUUGCCACCGACCCAAGCAAAGUGGAAGCAGUAACUCGCUGGAAGCAACCCACUGACCUUCCAUCACUGCAGUCAUUCUUGGGGUUUUGUGGGUACUACCGUCGCUUUAUAAAAAACUACUCUAUUCAAGUCAGACCACUCACCGAGCUCUGCAAAGGUUACCCACCCACUCAGAGAAAGAAGAAAACUGCUAAAGUCCCAGAAAAGACCUAUUACAGUGUAAAUCAACCCUUUGGAGAUAGGUGGGGUCCUGCUUGCACAGAGGCUUUUCAAAAGAUUAAACACUGUCUCACAAAUGCACCCGUUCUGGCAUUCGCCGAUCCAUCCAAGCCCUAUGUGUUACACAUAGAUGCCAGCCUUCAUGGUUUGGGCGCAGUACUCAAUCAAGAACAUCCUGAAGGUUUGCGACCUGUGGCGUUUGCUAGCCGAAAGCUCAGUUCCUCGGAAAAGAACUACCCGGUGCACCAACUUGAAUUCCUGGCGUUGAAAUGGGCAGUAGUGGACAAGUUUCACGAUUACUUGUAUGGUGCUCAGUUCACGGUGAGGACCGAUAAUAAUCCCCUCACGUAUAUUCUGACCACAGCCAAGCUCAAUGCCACUGGUCAUCGUUGGCUGGCUGCCCUCUCAACUUACGAUUUCACUUUACAGUACCGACCUGGAAGCACUAAUAUUGAUGCUGACUCACUGUCACGCAAUCCUCUGCCAUCGGAGAGCCCCGAGUGGAAAGCAAUGCCCCUCGACAGUGUCAAAGCCCUCUGCAAGCAAAUCUCCUGCAGAAAGUCGGCAGGAGGGAACAUGGGAUAUGCCGAGUCAUUAGGGGUUUCCCCUGAGGCACUCCCAGAGUGUUUUGUUUUCCCCACUCGAUUGGACCACAGUGCUUUGACCCAGAUAAGUAAGGCAGAACUUAUUAAAGCGCAAGAUAAUGAUCCAGUGAUUGCUCCAGUCAAGAAAUCUGUGAAUGGAGAAUUCCUGUUUUCACCAGACAAGGAGGCCAACUCAGAAGCCGUACUGCUUCAGAGAGAAGCCAAUAAGUUGGUGAUCCGAGAUGAUCUGCUUUACAGAAAGGUGCAGAGGCAAUCUGGUAAUGAGGUAUAUCAGCUAGUGUUACCAAGGGAGCUGGUUGCCAUGGUUCUGAAGUCGCUGCACGAUGAGUCCGGUCAUCUAGGAUUGGACAAGACUGUUAAACUCAUACGGGAUCGAUUCUACUGGCCCAAAAUGUGUGCAGAAGUAGAGCAGUACAUAAGAAACUGUGGUAGAUGUAUCACGCGUAAAGCUCAGCCCCAAAGAGCUGCACCAUUAAACCAGAUUACCAGUAGCGGACCACUUGAUCUGGUAUGCAUAGACUUUCUGUCCUUGGAACCAGAUUCCCAGGGGUAUGCCAACAUCCUUGUAGUAACCGAUCAUUUUACCAGAUAUGCCCAAGCUUUUCCGGCCAAAGAUCAACGGGCGUCCACAGUUGCCAAGAUUCUCUGUGAGAAAUACUUUGUGCACUAUGGACUUCCGGCACGGAUACAUUCUGAUCAAGGUCGGGAUUUUGAGAGCAAACUCAUUCAAGAUCUUCUCAAAAUGUUGGGGAUUCGGAAGUCUAGGACAACGCCCUACCAUCCUCAAGGAGAUCCACAACCAGAGAGAUUUAACCGUACGCUGCUGUCUAUGCUCGGAACCCUAGAUCCGAAGCAAAAGCAGAAAUGGAGUCAGAGUCUCAGUCAUUUGGUGCAUGCUUACAAUUGCACUCAGAACGAAGCAACAGGGUACUCGCCCUACCUGCUCAUGUUUGGCAGGGAGGCACGUCUACCUGUGGACAUCUGUUUUGGUGCCCUGGAUGAGGAUCGAAAGAGUUUGUCACAUCACAAGUACGUGGCUAAGCUGAAAGCUGAUCUGCGUCAAGCAUACCACCUCGCAACACAAGCAUCUGACAAGAGUCAUCAGAGAAACAAGAAAGCUCAUGAUAAACAUGUGAAAGAGCAGACUCUGGGAAAAGGAGACCGAGUACUACUGAGAAACUUGGGUGUUACCGGCAAACACAAGUUGAAAAGUAAGUGGCGAUCUACACCAUAUGUCGUGGUGGAGAAAUUUCCCAACCUACCAGUCUACAGAGUAAAACCUGAGAAGGGACUGGGGGUAGAAAAGACAGUACACCGCAACCACUUACUACCGAUUGGCUAUCUAGUGAGACUGCCAAAUGACACUGAGCCCGAAUCAUUUCAGACACCGGUCACAAGAUCCCAAAGGAGACUCGCAGCGACCAAACAAACUGUAGAUCAGGAAUAUGCCAUGUUCUCAUCAGAGUCUGAAUGUGAAUAUGCAGGCCCAUCACGAUCAUUACAUAUGGACUGUGAGAAACUUCUGACACGGCCAGGUCUGUUGUUGAGAGACCGAGGCCAAGGUCAAGCCCCAAGCGUAGUUCCUCUAGAAGUUUCAUCCCCUGAACUGGAGGAGGGUGACUCAACUCCAGAAGCUCUCGACUCCCCAAAUCUGCUUCACAACUCUGAGGAAGGUACAGUUACUGACUUACAGGCAGUAGCAGUGGAGAGGGAGGCGCUACUGGAAGACAGGGACCCUCCAACGGAACGCACAAAGAGAGUCAAGAAGCCAGUUGUCAGACUGAGUUAUGAUGAACUGGGAAGACCAUCUGAUCAGCCCUUAACUGUAUUGAGCCAGGGAGUGCUGGUUGGAAGCGGCACGUACAGAGAUUCACGAUGCCACCCCUGCCAGACCCUCUGGUGUCACCCUAUGGCCUUAUGCCCUUCCUGCGUUAAAUUGAAUCUCACUAGACAGUGCAUGGAGAUUCAAAUUAGCUAAGCUGUUGGUUUGAUGGGGACAUCAAAACAUUCUAGAAGGGGGAGGGUGUAGCCCGGAUGGAAAAAUGGGGAUUAAAUAAGCUUAAUUCCUUUGGACAUAAAAGCAAAGUUAACAGGAGUGUAAUG